UGUCAUUCUCCGUAAUUUCUUAUCUUGUCAAUCGAAGUUUGGCUGUGAGAAGAAUAAAGAAAUGUUCCGAAUUGUUUUACUUGUCACCAUAUCAGGGCUCAUUCGUUUUCUGUGUGAAGCCGCAAGUCUUUCCCCUGAUACCACCACCGGGGGAACAGUAGCCACCACACAACACCAUCACCACCACCACACCCACCGCCCUCAUGUGACCAGAGAACCCUCCGAAAAUGGAAUUGCUACCUUCCAGUAUGACCAUUACUGUCACCUGAUGGCCUAUAUGGCCGGACAUAAAACCUGUUACAUAUACGCCAUCCAUCCUGACGACCGCCAUCUUGUUCACACCGAGAGCGGCAUGCUUUUGCUAGAGGUAAGGAUAAUGACACUGUCAAUUAACGCCACCGAGCCCUACUCUCGGGACGAUCUGGUUGUGAGGAGCGGAAUGCUGGCCCGGCUCUGCCCCGAUACCUACACUCUCAUUGACCUCAAUUAAAUGGUUAACACGUCAUGUGGUACACAAAAAUAAAUUACGUCAUCAAACUUCA